GUAAGCAAAAAGUAUGGUGGAAAAAAAAAAAACAGAAUAUUACAGUCUACACUACUUGUACAAAUUCCGACUCCCAACAACUUGUAACCAAAUUGUUCUUCACUUUCCUCCGAUCGAUCGGAAAGUAUGAAGAUCUCUCUAAUUAACUCAUAGAUCGCACAAUUAAUUCAAUCAUAUUCAUGUAUUUGUUGAGUUGAUUAAAUUUGUUGUGUUUUUGGAUAAUCGUGGUGUGAGCACCAGCUUUUUAAUACCUUCAACUAGAUCCACCACGCAUACGGAUAUCAAGCUUUCAAACACCUGACUAAAUCCACUUGAUUCUUACCACCUCCACCAGCAAUAAAUAUCAGUGUAGUAGUGUAGUGUCCGUGCCUGCUUUCAAACACCUCGACUAAAUCCACUAGAUUCCUAUCACCUCCGCUAGCAAUAAAUAUCAGGUAACUCUGUCUACUGAGUCUAAGAUAGAUAGGAAGAAUCACCUAGUGUUUUGGUGCAGAAUAGUUGAAAUGAAGGCUUGCUCCGGGAGUCUUCUGUGAUAAGAAAGUGCCUCCUAAGCUCAAAGGGUAGUUGAAAUGAAGGCUCGCUUCGGGAGUCUUCUGUGAUAUGAAAGUGCCUCCUAAGCUCAAAGGGUAGUUGAAAUGAAGGCUCGCUUCCAGAGUCUUCUGUGAUAUGAAAGUGCCUCCUAAGUUCAAAGCUUACGAACGGCUCGACUAAAUUCACUAGAUUCCUACCACCUCCACUAGCAAUAAAUAUCAGUGUCCCUGCCAGCUUUCGAAUACCUCGACUAAAUCCACUAGAUUCCUCCCACCUCCAGCAGCAACAAAUAUCAGUGUCCGUGCAAGCUUUCGAACACCUCGUCUAAAUCCACUGGAUUCCUACCAGCUCCACUAGCAACAAAUAUCAGCUGAAGAAGAAGAAGAAGACAAAAAGUUAAGUAACAAAGAGAUAAACACAAAAUGAGUGUGAGCAACGGGUUAGUGCACCCAGUUGAUGCGCCACCGUUACAAACAGAAGCAGCGAAUAUACCGAGAGUAAGGAUGAAGGAUGUUCAAGGAAUGCCUGGAACUAUUGGCGGAUGUUUUUUACGUUUUGCUCAAUUUGUAUUUGCUGUUGUUUCUCUUUGCGUUAUGGCUACUACCGGUGAUUUCCCUUCCGUCACAGCUUUCUGUUACCUUGUCGCUGCUGCUGGCUUGCAAAGCGUAUGGAGCUUGUCUCUAGGAAUUCUUGACGUUUAUGCUCUUCUUGUUGGACGGUGCUUGCAGAAUUCUCGGGUUGUGAGCUUAUUUGCUGUUGGUGAUGGGGUCACUUCUACCCUCACGUUUGCUGCCGCCUGUGCUUCUGCUGGCAUUACUGUACUGAUCGGCAAUGACCUUGGUGUCUGCUCUCAAAAUCACUGCUUAGAGUUUGAGACUGCUACCGCCAUGGCUUUUCUUAGCUGGUUCUGUGCUCUCCCAUCAUUCCUCUUGAGCUUUUGGUCACUUGCAUCCCGGUGAAGAAUGGCUUUCAAGGAAAUUACUCAAACAACGCCAACAUAUCUUGUGAUAAGUACUACCUUUUGUUCUGUUGUAAAAUUUUGUCCAGAAGAUCAAUGCCCUCCGCCCCCCCGCCUCCCCAAAAAAAAAAAAAAAAUGCAAUUGCAACUGCACUGUGUAAAUAAGGAUUGCUUUAAGCAGGUUAAUAUGGAAAAUUAAGUUGUGCUAUACUCGUUUGCUUGAUAUGAAGGAUUGCACAAAAAUUUCUGGGUGGCAAUCUUGGCAUCACAUUUAACACAUUGUAUACACUGAAAAUGCCAGAUGUAUUGCCAUUAUUUCAUUUGUACCUUUUAUUGCAA